AUUAAUGCAUUCAGAGUCAGACACUAUCUAAAAUCGAUUGGCAGUUGGCUACUAUAGCAAUCAUCAAACUGCGCAUGCGCAAUUUAAAUAGGUCAAAGUGGAUCAACUUUGCAGGUCAAAAAAUUUAGGUCAAAUAUUUUUACCAAGGUUUCCAAAAGCCGAAGAUGACAAUAAAUUAGCAGCUGCAUAACUAAAAGUGAGAGUGAUGGCCUCACCAGCUCAAGGGGGACCAUUUGUGGAGAUGGAUGGUUCUUCCAAAAGAACAGCCAAAGUUUCACCAAUCAAGAGACUUAUAUUAGAUGAUUCAAAGACACUUGGUAAAACUAUAGAUAAGAAAAAGUCUGCUACAAAACUACCAGAACAAUAUCAAAGUAGAAAUUUCAAGUUCAUGAAUAGUGCAUGGACACCAGUUGUACAUAGACCCUCAAAUGAACAAAUUUUUAAAGAAAGAAAGGAGUUAGUGUCGCAUUGGUAUGAUAUGUGGACGGAUUCCCAAAGAAAGAAAUUCCUGAGGUUAAUUCUCAACAAAAGUGAAAGAUCCCAACUGAUGUUCAUGCAGAACUGGUUCCAAGAACGUGUUCCUCUCCGCCAUCUUGAUUUUGCUGUAGUCUUACCGAGGUUUCUGACCUUAUAUAUCUUCUCAUUCCUGGACCCUCGUAGUUUAUGCCGGGCUGCCAAGGUGUGUUGGCACUGGAAGUUUCUAGCAGAGCAGGAUAUUCUUUGGAGUCCCAAGUGUAUGAAGCAAGGCUGGUACAUACCCUACCAACCCCAAGACAAUGAGUAUGGUGCCUGGAAAAAACAUUAUGUCGCAUGUGUCAGGACCUUAGACAUGGAUGUUCUCUCCCCAAGAAAGAAUGACAUGUACGGAACCAUAGGGGAUGGAACUAAAAUCAAACCCAGGUUUCACGUGAGGGAAAAAGGUGCUGAAUAUGCAAAAUCUUGGAAACUAGAUCCUAAAACUAGUCAAAAAUAUGCACAAUCAAGGCCUAAAUGGCAAAACCCUGACAAACAGCCGAAUGAUCUGAGGAGAUCUGAGCGUGCGUUGUUGCACGAGUUCAACCGCAAUGACCCACUUCUACCAGAGUCAGCACUUCUCUUUCAUGAUAAGUUCGGAACUCCUAAAAAGCACAUCAGGUCAACCACAGAUUCUGGCUUGGAUUAUACAGAUUACGGACUGGAGUCGAAGAAACGUAGGGGCAGACAUAGAACCCUAACAUCUGGAGAAGACUUGGACCUUAAACAAGAAACAACAAAGAAGACACUAUUGUCAGAAAGAUUGGAGGUGCAGAACUUACAAGAGACAAGACUAAGGGAGCUUGUGGAUCAACCAUGGAUGCCCCCUCAGAAACGUGUAGUGGCUCAAAGACAAAACUUGGCAGGUGGAGCAGACUAUAAGUUACCAUAUAAGGCAAUAGAAACCCCAUAUAUUCCUAGUAUGUCAUACCCCACGCAUGUAAACCCUAGAGUUGUGUUUAUAUCCUCACGUGUCCCUGCAGCAGAUCUUCUGAUGGAUGCUGUUCUAUUUGGAGUCAUCCCCAUAGUUUAUGAGUAUGAGGGUACAACCCUGGAGUCUCUGUUGAGUAGGCUGGAGAUUGUCCUACAGGGGAGACAUACACAGAGUAUUGGUGUGUUCACCCACUCUGUUGACCCUGGGGAGAUACUGCUGGUGCAUGGCUGUAAGGUUACCAUAGAAACAUUGGAUCAACCAGAAAUCAUUGAGUUCUUUGAGACCAUAAGUAACAGUAUUCUUCCUCCAGAGCAGAAAGGAUGUGUGGAUAUAUUUGCUCCUAUUGCAUCAUGUGAGUCUGGAAUGGAGACGUUGAUACAGCUCAACAUAUUAUGUGGAAUGCAGUUCUCAAGUCCAACUGGUAUAAUAGGAAACUAUAACCAUAUUAACAGUGAGUGGUCAUUGGCUGUUGAUGACACACCUCCUCCGAUGUCCUACUUCUGUACUAGCAAACUGAACAUCUGGGCCAACACUGCCGACCAAGUCCAAGAGGCCUGCCAGGUUGCUAAGAAACUACUGGCCUCAUAUUUUCAAGAAAUUCAUAAAGAUGUUGUUUCUCAAGUCACAGGCCAAGUGAUAUUUGAUGCAAUGGGGCAGUCAGAUAUACAAGGGUUAAAUGCAUUAUCAGACAUUCUAAGAGAAGGUUUAAUGGAACUGGGCACAAAGUCAAAUGUGAAGCCAGUGGAGUUCCUUGGAGAAUAUUUGCUCAUGAAAUCUGGGGGAACCUUUGAUGGAACUAAACAAAUAACUGAAGGAGACACAUUGGACCUAUACUCUGAUGAGGAAGAUGACAUAUCAGAAGGUGGUAAGGAGGUUGCGGAUAUCACUACUCAAAAGCUAAGGCCUGGAGAUGGAUCUGACAUAGAAGAAGACAUUGUCAUCAAAGAAGAUGAUGACAUUGAAGAGGAAAUCAUAGAAGAGCUAGAAGAAAACCUUGAGAAUAAAGAUACAGAUGAAGAUGAAAACAAAAACCGAAUGAAAGUCGAGAAAGAACAGCAAAACCAGAAGCAAAAAUCAAAAUUUCAACAGAGUAGUGUGCAUCCCUCAAAGCAAAACCAAAGACGACUUACUAAGGACACAUUGAGGUCCAGCAAAACUCUCAUGUAUAGUGAGAAUCCAAUGUCUCCAGAUGACAAAUUGAAAACUCAGAUGAGGACAAUGACUGAUACAAAAGGCACUAUGAGAUUGACAGUCAAACAAUUUGGCGACCACCCUCAAAAGCGUACACCUAUUGCUCAUGAGAUCCUGUCUAGUGAAGUAGAAUACAUGAGGACACUAGAGAUUAUCCGUAACGUCUUUGUCAAACCACUCAAGUCAGCUCUUGCAUCAAACAGGGCCAUCAUUAGUACACACAAUGUCCAGGUUAUAUUCACAGAUGCCCUGACCAUUUUAGAGCUUAGUAGACCUUUAGUUGCUGAUUUAAAAGACCGGAUAUCACAGUGGAACCCACAUCAAUGCCUCGGAGACAUUUUUGUCAAGUUUACAGGCAAAUUAAAGGCCUAUGUAAACUUCCUAAAUAACUACCCCACCAUUUUAUUAACUAUUGAACGGUGUAUGGAGCAGAUUCCUGGAUUUAGAGCAUUUCUUCAGCGUCACCAGCGAACUCCACAAACACGUAUGCUAACAUUGCAGGAGUUAUUACUGACAAUUACACGUCGUCCCAGUGAAUAUGUGACAUUGCUGACGUGGUUUCAACGUCAUACUCAGCUUGACCACAAUGACAGGCCUGAUGUGGCAGAGGCAAUAGAGGUAUUCCGCAACCUCUCAUCUAUUAUCAGAGACAUGAAACAGAAGCAGGAACGUGAAAGGGAACUUGUGAAAUUGCAGAAGACUAUUCUGAACUGUCCAGCAUUGAUGGAAGCUAACAGAUUCUUUGUGUUACAUGAGGAUGUGGCACAUCUGAGUAAACCUACAUCAGAGGUUGCUCCUGAACUCAGGGUUUAUCAGCAUAUUGAGACACUUGGGUUGUUUCUCUUCAACGAUUCAUUGAUUGUGACACGACGAACAAGCAAACAUUUCCCAUUUGAACGUUCAGUUGAACAAAGUUACAGAUUCUUAACCUGUGUCUGCCUAACUAGACUACGAGUGGAAGAUAUACCAGACUCUAAGUUUGUAAAGAAUGCAUUUCUCAUGGAGACCCCCAAGAGGUGUUGGAUUUGUUCGUCAUAUUCAUAUUCAGCAAAGCUAAACUGGAUGACAACAUUAGAGAGUGUGAUACAAACUGCUAUUGAGAACAACUGAAACAUGAAUGUAUGCUACUGGAUACCAACGAACCUUUAAGGGAACCUUUACAAGAGAUCUGAACCUAGAAAAUAAAAUCUCAUAUUGUUGGAGUCUGGGAGCAUCAAUAACUAAAUCCCAUUAAUGUUGAACAAGCACUCUUAGUAUUUAAUUCUCAUACAUUGAUUUCAGACCUAAAAAAUGUGACACUGGCCAUAACUGAUCUCUGUGAUUCAACACAAAACACCAUAUACGAUGUAACAUGUACAUAUUUCUUCUACAACUAUUCCGUCCACUUUAUAUGCUUACUAUUCAUAUUGUUGAUAUUUUUAUAUAGGACCUCACAUACAUUUAUUUUAUAAAUUAUUGACUAUUUGUACCAGUUACAGUUUUAAAUAAAUUGCUAAAAGU